GCCGCCCGCUCCGCCGUGCCCCGGAUGUGGCCCCUGCCCGGGAACAUGGCGGCGCCGGGGUGCGGGGCGGGAGCGUUGUAGCGCCCGGUGCCGUCCCCGCCAUGGCGGACCUGGGCCGGCAGCUGCACGAGUACCUCGCGCAGUCCAAGGCCGCUGCUGCCGCCGGCCCCAGCGCGGUCCCUGCAGCGCCGGCCGCCGGCGGCUCGCAGGAGGAGGCGGGGGACGGCGGUGGGCUGCGGGCCUGGCUGGGGGCGCUGAACCCGUUCCCGGCGGGCACUCCCCCGGGCGCCACGGUGUGGCCUUGGACGGGAGAGGAGGACCCGUGGCUGCCGGGGCUGUCGCGCUGGCAGCGGCUGGCGGGCAGCGGGCUGUGCGCGCUUCUGGCCGCGCUGUGCUUCGGGCUGGCCGGGCUGUGCGUGCCGCUGCUGCUGCUGCGCGCCCGCAAGUUCGCGCUGCUCUGGUCGCUGGGCUCGCUGUGCGCGCUGGGCGCCGCCGCGCUGCUGCGCGGGCCCGCCCGGCUGCUGCGGGAGCCCGGCCGCGGGGCGCUGCUGUACCUGGGCGCGCUGCUCGGGACGCUGUACGCCGCGCUGGCGCUGCGCAGCACCGCGCUGACCGCGCUGGGCGCCGCCGCGCAGCUCGGCAUCGCCGCCGCCGCGCUCCUGGGCGCGCUGCCCGGCGGUGCCGCCGGCCUGCGCCGCCUGGCCGGGCUGCUGCGCGCCGCGCUGUGCGGCCGGGGCAAGGCGCUGCCCCUGUGAGCCCGGCCCCGCGGCAGCGCCUCGCACACGGACCGAGAGCCUCUCGCUGUAGGCAGCCGACUCCGAGACGGGGGACGCCGCUUGUCUUCGCCUCCUCCGCGCCGUGUCCCGUAUUUUUCGAGGAGCAGCAGCAGGGCUGGCAGCCCGGAGCCGCCCCAGUGACUCGGAGCUGGCGGUGCUGUGUGCGAUGUCAGCCGCCCCCAGCUCGUUUUUUGCCUUACCGCGCUGCCAGCUCCAUAGCGCGGCUUGGCACCGCUCCACCUCUGGGUGGGGAGCUGGCAGCGUCCCGCUUCUACCUCCAGCAUGGGCCGUGCGGCUGCUGCAGCGGCUGCUGCAGCCCGCGGGACCGGAGCCGAUGCGGAGCCGAUGGGGACUCGCCCGUCACCGAGGAGCAGCUGAAGUGCCGAGGCUGGCGGAGGCUGGAACACGAAGAUGACUGAGCAAAAUGCGAUCGAGUCUGGGGGAGAACACUGAAAAAUUACUUGUAUUACCUCAUUUUGUGCUGACCCCACACUAUGAACAAUACUGUUUUUGCUGUCACCUCAGACCAGUGGUGAAUAUGAAGACUGUGGCCACUCAAGUGCAUUUCUCUCUAAAAAGCAGCUUUAAAAUAACCAUCCAGUAAGUGAAACAAGCGUUCCUGGGGCUGCGGGUCACAAACACUGCCCGUAAUUGUAAGGGGAGGGGGUGUUCCUGCAUGAUGAUGAGAGGAUGCUAAGUGCUAAUGUUAGUUAAGAGCAUUGGCGUUCGCAGGUACUGCUGCCUUACAGCUGCUGUAAGGGACCAAACUGGGCUUUAACAGGGUGGCUUCAGCUCCUAGAACUUUACUUUUGUGUAUAUAUAGUGCUCUCUGAAGUUGGGCAGGAGUUGCUUGUCACAGGCUGACCUUCCAAAAUAGAUGUGCCAGUAACUGGAGCUCUGCUGGAAUGCAGGAGCUGAGCUGCCUUGGGGUGCUGAAUUCAGGCUGGCAGGGCUGGGUGCUCCAGUCUGGGCUGUGUACUGGAGCCCUGCAAGCAAAUGGGACAAGGGGGCCUCACCUGCACGGAGCCCCCAGGGAGGAUCUCACUGAGCAUUUGUGCCUCAUGGAGAAAGUGAAGCCACUGCAAUACUUACCUGCUGUUACUAGUUUUAAUAUAUUCACCAAAUACUUUGCUGAAUUAAAAUGAAAUUGUUAAAGGGGGUACUUAAGUGUACGUAGAUUGCUUUAAUAAAACUAUUUGUAUCCA